AUGCUUGACCAUGAAGAUCAGAGUGAAGAUGAAGCAGGGGCAUGUUCCUACUCCUAUUCAUGCGAGAAUAAUCAACGCAGAAGAAGUUCUGGUUCGAAGGAACAGAAGUAUUCUAAAAAAGACACUACAGGAGUGUCUCCAACAAAUAACCAGGAAAACAUGACGGAAUACUGGCUGAUAUCUGCUCCGGGUGACAAAACCUGCCAGCAAACAUGGGAAACUAUGAACAAUAUGACCUCCAAGCAAAACUCCUUGUGCACCAAUUACAAGUUCCACAUUCCAGAUCUUAAGGUUGGUACCCUGGAUCAACUGGUAGGUCUAUCUGAUGAUUUGGGCAAGCUGGACGGGUUUGUUGAGCAAGUCACUCGCAAAGUGGCUUCUUACCUCGGUGAAGUACUGGAAGACCAGCGGGACAAGCUACAAGAAAACUUGAUGGCCAAUAACAACGACCCGUCAACCACCAAACGCCACACACGCAGACGUUUUCCAUUGGGCAAGCGCAGUCAACACAGCGCUACCCGACGGCACAUGCGCGCUUUGGGUUGCGGAGGUGCGUGCGACGGCUGUCUAGGUUUGUUAGGUGGUACUAGCAGCGGGCGGCCGCCCGAUCACGACAAGGGCAGCUGUCGUCAAAGUCCAAUUAGCCCCGAAGCGAGUUGCAGUAGCGACGAGCACUGCGAGGAGGCCCUAAAAUUUGAAGAGAAAAAGAAACGUCCCUUGUUUAGUAUCGGCUCGUCGGACAAGUCCGCAGCGGAGCACGAGGUGGACAGGAACGAUGACGAGCAGGAUGCGAGCCCCGUCCACAGCCAACCGCUGGUUGGGCCAGCUGAUCUUCCGAGUUAUUUGACCAGGUUCCAGUGGGAUAUCGCCAAGUAUCCUAUCAAGCAAUCGCUGAGGAACAUUGCUGACAUUAUCAGCAAGCAAGUCGGUCAAAUCGAUGCCGAUUUGAAGACCAAGUCGACGGCCUACAAUAAUUUGAAGGGCAGCUUGCAGAGUUUGGAGAAAAAACAAACUGGAAGUUUGUUAACAAGAAAUCUGGCCGAUCUUGUGAAAAAGGAGCAUUUCAUCUUGGACUCUGACUACUUGCAAACAUUGCUUGUAAUUGUUCCCAAGGCUCAGGUCCAUGAAUGGAACGCGACCUACGAAAAAAUCACCGACAUGAUCGUGCCAAGAUCGUCUCAGAUGGUUACUCAGGAUAACGAAUACGGCCUAUUCACUGUUACACUGUUCAAAAAAGUCAUGGACGAAUUCAAGCAUCAUGCCAGAGAAAAGCGAUUCAUUGUAAGAGACUUCACUUAUGAUGAAGAGCAAUUGGCCGCGGGCAAAAACGAAAUUACCAAAUUGGCCACGGACAAAAAGAAGCAGUUCGGACCGUUGGUCAGAUGGUUGAAAGUCAAUUUCAGUGAGUGCUUCUGCGCAUGGAUCCAUGUCAAAGCCCUUAGAGUAUUUGUUGAAUCCGUAUUGAGAUACGGUUUGCCAGUCAAUUUCCAAGCAAUCCUCAUUCAUCCCAAUAAGAAGUCAAUGAAACGUCUUAGAGAUGUUUUGAACCAGCUUUAUGGACAUUUGGAUGGUAGUGUGGGACAUCAAGGUUCCAAUGUUGAUAACGUUGACAUUCCUGGUCUUGGUUUCGGCCAAUCCGAAUACUACCCGUAUGUCUCCUACAAAAUAAACGUGGAGAUGAUUGAAAGCAAAACCCUCUAAAAACAAAACGCGCCUUAUGUAUUAUAAAUCUAUUAUGUAUAGCCAAUUCCUUUUUAAAUAGGUCCAAAAAUGAUAUUUGAUUAAAAAUGUAUUCCACUUUUUUUGUUGAACAUAAUUGUUAUUAUUUUGUUUGUCCGGGCAGCACAAAAUUGGAUUUACAAAUGUUUUGGCAAAGAAAUAUAAUGUAGUGCAAUAAACUAUAAGCUGAUAUUUGAGCUUGCGAAAAAUUUUAACAAUAUUUACUGUUCCCGAGGCAUUUUUUUUCUUCUGUGUGUAAUUUGUAAAAAUCAGUAUUGUGCUCAUUGUAAAUAUCAUUGUAUAUAAGUAUUUCCAGGAAUUAAAGAUACAUACUUUUUUGUUUUGCUAAUUUUAAAGCAAGCUCGUUAAUAUUCCAAAUAUUUGUUUUUCCUAAAUUGGAAAAAAAAUAAUACUAACAAUAAUAUUAGUUAAUAAUAAAUUGUAUAACUUCUGCAGUAUGUUCAGUGUUUUAGUCCUGCUUUACAACUGUAUGAAGUGGAAAAAUACUUUCCAGGAAAUAAAGUUGUUGAUUUUACAGUAUAAAAAUAAGGAUGUAAGCAAAUUGUUGAUGGAUUUCAAAGGUUAUAUUUUAAUUAUUUUAAAAUGUAUUUGUUAGUUGAAUAAAAGUUAUUUUAGAAGA